GUGCGUUUGCUGGCAGCGGUUUCGGUUUCAGUUUCAGUUUCGUGUUUUGCAUUUGCUAGACAAUUUUUGUAGCCAGUCUGUGAAUUCCCCCAUUGACAUAAUGUCGCGAUUGUCAAGUUCCACAUAUAGUUCCAUAUGUUUUUUGGUAUUUCUGCAUUUCGUGCUGUUGCUGCUGACGACGACGUCCGGAAAGCCAGCCAGCGGCAAGACGACUCCCUCUACCACUCCCACUCCCUCGACGACUCCCAGCAAUGGCAUGCUGCAUGUGGCCAGCUAUGUGAACCAGAAACGAACAGCCGGAGCGCGCGAGGAGUUCGACUUUGAGCAGAACGAGGCGGAGGCCACAAACUCCGCGCAUGUGCGGCAGCUGUUCGGCAGCCUGCUGCUUCUGCCCGGCAGCGGCAACAAGAGCUUGGAGCUGACCCUGGAGACGGACGAUGAGCCGGUCAGUGAGCGCAAUACUCUGGAUGAAGUGAACCUAGAGACGGCCAGUGAGCAGCACGAGGGCGCCACAGAGUCCGGCGAUAACUGGAAUCGCAUUAAGCUGGCCAUUCCGGUGCUGGAGCCGGUGAAGCAUCUGAUAAAUGCCGUCGGCGGUGGCGGAGUCAACGAUACGCAUGUGCGCACCAACUCGCAUCGCCUGAUCGGACACCAUGGUGUGCACCACGCGCCUCACAGCGGCGGCAACAUUAGCUCGCCCGCUAUCGAGACGGAGGAGGACCGCGAGACGGCCAUAGACAGUACCGGAUUCGAUGUGCUUGAGACUCUUGGCUCGGCGGGCACUGUGCUGUGGGGCAUCCUGCAGAAUCUGAGGAAGCUGUUUGCGGCCAGUGCUGGAAAUGCCAGCGCCUCCUCCUCCGGCGGUGGCGGUAAUUAGAUGAGGUCUAAUCCGGGGGCUGGGCUUGUGGUCUGUGAUUAAUAUUAGCGAUAAAUUAAUUGAGUUUCAAUUAUAUUUGAUACGUACUAAUAAAAUAAACGAAUUAUGGUAAAU